CGCAUGCGCAGAAGUGCUUUUGAUUUGCUGGCAGCCAGCUUAGCUGUUUCUAAGCAACUGCGCCACUCGGUGGACAAAGAGACGCUGACCUGUCAGUGUCACAAUUAAAUACACAUGUCAUGAGUUUAUUUCGGAAAAAUGCUAAAAUGUGAGACAGGCGGCGGUUACAGCGAAGCGCGUGAUAAGUACUUGGACUAAUGUUUAGCCGUUAGCGGGAGAUAAUGUGAUGUGUGUGUUGCUAACAGCUAUCGUUAGGUUGCUAGCUAGCAACAACAUGAAGUGGUUGCGUUAAGGAAGAAAAACGCCAAAUCAUUUUCUUAUUUUAGUCCGUGCUAGCCGCUCAGGCUCCAUUCUACUAGCUGGGACCAAAACAAUGAGCUCCACUGCAGCGACAAGAUCCUCCGGACCGCCGGGGCAGCAGGCAGCAGCCAGCCGGGAUGGAGGCUCCGGGAGCCCGGGGCAGCGGGUCCAGAAGCUGGUGGCGGUGCCCGGAUCCGACCCGGGCCGCUUUAACGACCUGCUGCUGCUCCGGCCUGAUCCAGACGGUCAGGCUGCUACGGAGCAGAAGGAGAAGAGCAGCAACAGGCAUGUCAUGUUCUUCCAUGGGGACAUUCAGAACUUCCAGGAGGAGAUGGCUCUGCAGCCUGAAGGAUCCCAGUGGCUCUCCUGGAGUCUGGAGCAGGUCGCCCUCACUCUGGGCCGUCGUUUUCCUGAGCGCCAUGUCUGGGUGGUCAGAGCCUCCCGCAUGUAUCUCCACAAGUUCAGCUGCUACCAGAACUUUGUGGAGAGCAACAUGUUCGGAGCACCAGAGCACUCGCCUGACUUUGGAGCGUUUCGCCACCUCAGGGCCCUGCUGAGCCACGGCAUGGAGCGAGCCAACCUACCGAACCCCAUCCAGCCACACGGAGGCGCUGACAGCAUCCCCUCAGGGUUCUCACUGACGCUGGUGGGCUUCAGCAAAGGCUGCGUGGUGCUGAACCAGAUGGCGUACGAGCUAGCCGGGGCCCGCGCAGACCCACAGAUGUCGCACUUCGUUAAGCGCAUCUCGGACAUGUACUGGCUGGACGGUGGGCACCCGGGAGGCAGCGAGACCUGGGUGACCAACAAGCAGGUUCUGAAGGAACUCGCUUCCAGCGGCGUGUCGAUUCACGCCCACGUGACCCCGUACGAGGUGUGCGACCCGAUGCGGGCCUGGGUGGGCCGAGAGCACGGACACUUCAUCAAGACCCUGGAGGAGUUCGGGGCCUGUCCAAGUAAAAAGCUGCAUUUUGAGGAUGAGCCCGCCUCCAUUGAGAACCACUUCAGGGUCAUCCAAGAGUUUUGAGUUUGGUCAAAACUUGUUGUGAGCACUUGUAUGCAGAUAGAGUGUCUUAUUUGCUGGUGUUACCUCAUUUUCUGUGAUUUAAGGGCUCAGACUUCAGAGCAUGUGACAGAUGCUGGUGUGUUGUAGCUUCUACUGUUAAAUGCAGACCGGGAGCCUUUCCCUGCUCUCUGUGGCCCUUAGUGGGAAUAUACAGGUAAGAAAAUGGUCUUCCUUCUUUUUUCUUCAGGCUGAAUAUUAGAAAUAGAUUUCUCUCAACCGAUACUGAUAACGAAAGGAUAACCAGUACCUUCACAUUUUUGUUCAUAACCUAUAUAUACAAAAAUGUGAAAUUAUUGGUUCAUACCCUGAAGUUUAUGCACACCACACCUGAGCUUAAGAAAGGUGGGUAAUUGAAUAUUCCAUAGCUUUGACUUUACAAAUCUACCUGACGUCAUUAUUGUUAACAACAAAAGAAAACAACAAUUCUGACUCAUUAAAUAUUAAAUUAUUUUUCUCAUGAAAGUACAUCAAGAAAUCCAUACAAUACAUUAAACAAGCAUACUCUGGCUUUUACAGAGCAUUUGGCCUAAGAAUUGAAAUUAAUUAUUUGACAUAGUUUGUCAAAUUAGACAUGUUUAUGUAUUUAACACUCGUUGAUACCGUUGAUAAGCCACUAGGGUUGGGCAAAUUGUUAAAAAUGACCUAGCAACCAGUGACUCUAUCAUGUGCUGCCGGAGCUCUGAUGACUUUUCUUUAGAGGCAGACCACUAAAUUAGCAAAAUAAAAGAGCAAGAAUUGGCCCCAGAAAUUGUAAGUUGUACUCUGCCAAUCACCAAUAUAUACAGGGCACUCAGAAAUUAUUCAGACCAUUUUUUCACAUUUUGUUAUGUUGCAGCCUUAUGCUAAAAUCAUUAAAAUUAUUUUUCCCCUCAUCAAUCUACACUCAAUACACCAUAAUGACAGAAUGUUUCCUUAUCUAUUAAAAAAGAAAAAACUGAAAUAUCACAUUGACAUAUGUAUUCAGAGCCUUUACUCAGUAAAUGGUUAAAGCACCUUUACCGUGUUUCCACUAGGGGCAAAAGUGGCCACCGGGAAAGUCUCUGGCCACGCCCUCUCAAAAGUCAGCUCACUCUGUGGGUCUCCACUACAAGUUAGCCCCCAGAGGGAUUUACGAGACUCCGGAGGUGACGUUUGGUUUUCGCCGUCGCUAACUGUGCACGAUGUCAGCAGCUGAAAGCAGCAUGGCUAAUUAUGCACAGAGUCUCCGCUGACCAUAAACAUCGUGAUCGUGAAUUAACCAGCAUCGCUAACUGUGCAAUCCUGAGUGUCUGGUGCUUGUUAUAAACCAACAGAGAUCGCUAAGUGAACACCUCCUGUAGCAGCAGCACAUACACACUGUACUGCUACAGAGCUAACUGUAGCUAACUGCUGCUAGCAGCGGAGAAGGGGAGUCGCUGGAUUUCUCUCAGUCACUUUCUUGAAAAAUAGUCGCUAAGUGGGUCUGAAAAGUCCCUAAAUUUAGCAACAGUGCUAAGUUGGGAACACUGCUUCGUUGGCCUUUACUAAUGGCGUGUGUUGUUGUCGUGUAGAGUACCACCUCACAUCCCGCUUAGUAGGUCACAUCCCUUUUAGCGAUCUAUCCAAUCAGCAACCAGGCUUUUUUCAGGGGAGAAAAAAGACCCUGCUCUUCAACAGGGACGAAAAAAGUCCAGACAACAGCCCACUCCAGACUGCUCGUAUUCAAAUUAGGGGCGUUUCGGCGAGUGAGACCAGACCCGCCUCAUUCCGGGUAUUGCCCGGUAGUGGAAACAGCCCUUUUGGCAGCAAUUACAGCAUCGAGUCUUUUUGGGUAUGACGGGACAACCUUUGCACACCUGGGUUUGGGGUUUCUCCGCCAUUCUCCUCUGCAGAUCCUCAGGUUGGAUGGGGACCAUCAGUGCACUGCCACGUUCAGGUCUCUCCAGGGAUGUUGAAUCAGGUUCAAGUCAGGUAUCUGGCUGGGCCACUCAAGGACCUCCACAGAGUUGUCCCUAAGCCACUCCUGUGCUGUCUUGUCUGUCAGCUUUCACUCAAGCCUGACCAUUCGCCCAUUCCCUGCUUAUGAGUAGUGCCUGGUUUUCACCAGACAUGACGCAGUUAAAUGGUAAAUGGACCUGCACUUAUAUAUCGCUUUUCUAGUCGAUUUGCGACCACUCAAAGCGCUUUACACUACAGACUGCGCUCAUUCACCCUUUCACACACACAUUCAUACUGGUGACAGAGGCUACCCUAAAUGGUGCCACCUGCCACCAUUGGGAAUUCAUUCAUCACACACCGAUGACACAGCAUCGGGAGCAAUUUGGGGUUCAGUAUCUUACUCAAGGAUACUUCGACAUGUAGGCUGCGACGGUCAGGGAUCGAACCACCAACCCUUCGGUUGGGGGCCAACCAACUCUACCAACUGAGCCACAGCCGCAUCUUUAAGGACAAAACCACUGCACUGAACUAAAGUUGACACAUAAUGAGGCAGCUGUGGCUUUAUAAGAAAGAUGGAGCAACCAAAAACAUUUUGUUUGGUUAAUUUGAUCUGAGUUGAGGCCAAACAGUUCAAUCUCACUUUCAUCAAACACGAUAAUCUUGUUUUCUCGUUCCUUUAGGUCCUUUUAUUGCAAACUCAAAGCAGGCUUUCUUGUGUUUUUCACUGAGGAGAGACUUCUGUCUGGCUACUCUGCCAGAAAGCCCAGGUCGGUGGAGUGUUGGUUGGUUGGAUGGUUUUCCUUCUGGAAGUUUCUCCUCCACACAGGAUCUCAAGAGCUCGGCCAGAGUGACCGUCAGGUUCUUGGUCACCUUGGUUACCAAGGCCCUCCUCCCCUCAGUUUGGCCAGGUGGCCAGCUCUAGAGAGAGUCCUGGUUGUUCCACAUUUCUUCUAUUUAACAAUUAUGGAGGCUGCUGUGCUCUCGGGGAAUCUCAAUGUAGCAGAUUUUUUUAUAGCCUGUCCUAGAUCUGUGCCUGGACACAAUCAUGUCUCUGAGCUCUGCAGGCAGUUCCUUUGACCUCAUGGCUUGGAUUUUAGCUCUGAUAUGCAUUGUCUUCUCUCAGCACCUUUAUAUAGACAGGUGUGUAUCCAAAUGAUGUCCAACCAAUUGUAAUCGCCACAGGUGGACUCCAAUCAAGGUGGAGGAACAUCUCAAAGGUGAUUAUUACCCCCUUUCGACCAAAGCAGUUUUAGGGCUGUUAAGAGCCGGAGCUAGUGCUGGUUCGCAGUUGGUUCAAUUUGCUAACGUUAGCAUGCUACCGAUCAGCCGCUGACGUUAGCACGCUAGCUAGAUAGUUCACGUUUUAGCUGAUGUCUCUCAGCACCAAGUUGGUCUUGUUUGUCGGAUAACCCAGCCCCCGACGGAACCCUUCAAGACCAGCAAAGAGUUGGUGCCUCUGUGGAACCAGUUUUCCCAGAAACUGUCCUGUGACAGAUUUUUUGGCCUUUGCCUUUGGGCCGCCUGGUUUAGCUGUAGUUCUCCUUUUUUGUGAGUUGUACUCUUUGUACGUGUUUCUCUCUUGUGGCUUUGGUCGAAAAGGGGUACAAGAGAAAAGACACCUGAGCUUAAGUUCAAAUGUCAUAACAAAGGGUCUGAAUAUUGAUGUCAAUAUUUCAGUUUUUCCCCUUUUAUUAAAUUAUAUAUGUUUUUAUUAAAAUUCUGUUUCUGCUUUGCCAUUAUGGUUUAUUGAGUGUAGAUUGAUGAGGAGAAACAAUUUAUUCAAACGACUUUAGCAUAAAGCAACAUGACAAAAUGUGAAAAAGUGAAGUGGUCUGAAUAAUAGCCAUCACCACUUACUGUUUCAAGAGUGUGUAAAUGCUGUACUUGUUAAGUUAAUCCAAGCAAAUUGGCUUAUUGUUAUAAUAAAUAAUCAAAUAAUAAUAAUAAAUGUUAAUGGAAAUUGUAUUAUCAGUACCAAUAUAUAUUGUGCACUCUACAAAAUGUAGCUCAAGCUUUAAUUGCUUCAGAGCUGUCAAUUUAGGAACAUGAAUGAUUUAUGUUGCUUUAUGCUUCUGAGGAAAUUUCUCUAGUGUUUCAGAUUAAGUGCAACUUGUUUUAACUUAUUUUAAUUCCCGCCAUGAUUUUUAAAUUGAACGUAAAGUAUGUAAGGUUGAAGCAGAGCUUUGUCUUCAUACCUGCACUUGUUGAGCUACUUUUAGACAUGUGAAUGUGUGAAUGUCAGGUUCAGACUUCACCAGUUGGUUUCUCAGUAGAGAUUCUUGAUUGUAUUCAAAUGUUGAAUUACUAGUGAUGUCCAAAUUAAGCAUCAUGAACCAUUAGUUGUAUUUUUUGACCCCACUAGAUGGCGCUAUAUUUUUUAAGUAAAUAGCUCAAAGAAUGACAAUUCAGUGUGCCUUCAACCCUUUGCUGAACAGAGAGCGCCAUCUAGUGGGCUCAGAAAAUAAAGAAAACGGUUAAUGAAUCUUCUUUUGGCCAUCACUACCAAUUACUUUGUCAUGAAGCUAAAAAAAAAAAGUAUCUGUUGUUAUCCCUUUAGUUUCUGUUUGCCCAGAAAUAAUUUGCCUGAUCUUUUUUCUUUUUAAAUGUCACACAGCAGCAUUAUUUGGGGAUAAAAAGAACAGUUGAUAAAAUCUCACCUCAUGGAUGGAUUGAUGGAGUUUAAAGCAACUCUAUUUAGUGAAAAAGAUCAUGUGAUAUGACUGAAAGCUCCUGGACAGCUAAUAAAUGGACCAUGAGGUGAGAUGUUGUCAACUGUUGUUUUCAGGGUUAAGAAUGAGAUGUUAAACUGCUUAUUAUAACAUUCUUUGACACUUUAUUUUUGUUGUUGCUAUGACAUACAUGAUACGUUAUUGCAUAUCACAUUUAAAAAUAUUACCAGAGCAUGUAAACUGACUUUGAAUAAAACAAAACUCGGUAACGCUUUAUAUUAACCCAUUGACGCCUAAAACUUCCUGUAAAACCUCUGGGCGAUUUUAAAAUCAGCCCCUAAAACCUGAAGUUUUUCUGGAAAUUCAACAGAAGUGUCAACAGAUAGAAAUGAAAUUCAAAAAGUAUUUGAGAGCUUAUACAAAUACUACAAAAUGACGUAUCCGCUUUCCAGGCUUCAAUGGGUUAAGGUCCUUGUAAUAACCAUUAAUUAACAAGUAAUAAGGCCCUUGUAAGUCCUUACAAGAUGCUUAUUAACAUUAUUGUGUGUUUAUAAGCUUAUAUAAGUGUUAAUAAUGGCAUUACAAACACCCAUGACCCACCCAUUAUAUCUUUGCAAUGCCUUAAUUAAUCUUAUUUUGUUUGCUUAUUGAUAUUAAAAUAUACUUUAUUGCUCAUCUAUUAUAAGUUAACUAUGCGUUUUGCAACUACAGGAUCUAAAGCGAGAACAAUGCCUUAUUACUUGUUAAUUAAUGGUUAUUAAGGACCUUAUUAUAAAGCGUUACCCCAAACUCUUUCCAGUUUUGUCUUGACAGCAUACCAAAUUAUCUUAGAAACGAGGUUCAGUUUUUGUCAGUGAAAUACACACUUUUUGUGGGAAUGUGGCAGCAUGUGUAUUAAUUUUCUGUAUGAUGUAUUCCAGUCUGUGUGGUCUCUAUGUAAAGCUUACAGAGCAUCUUUGCACUAUGCUGACGGCUGCACCUUAUUCUGCCGAAUGUAACUUCAAAUCAUUCCAUUCUGUUUACUAUUUGUUGAAUGCUAUGCUGUUUAAAACCUACAGAUGCGUUUAUUAAAUGUGCUGAGCGAGUGCACAACCAAGAUAACCUGAAUCAUUUUGAAUGAUUUGCUUUCUCAUUGGUAAACAUUGUCACCAUGUUACUUUAUUCUGUUAACUGUAAGCCGCUGAUGAAGAGAAUGAAACAUGUUUGUGGAGUUUGUUUCAGCUCUGUUGAAUCUACAGAAGAG